UUUUUGUAAUUUUGCUUUUACUCCGUAUUUAUUUGUGUUGGGGAAAUUGACUGAAAAAAAAAUUGUGAACUUGCGAGAACUUCCGUUCCUGGUAGUGUGACACUCAUAGAGACGCUGUCGACAUCGAUAAAUCAUUUCGCAUUUUGUUCCCCAAACUAGGGCUCCAUUCUUUUCAUAAUAUCUCCAAGGUUCAUGCGUUAUUCGUUAUCACCUUCAAUAGUGAGUGCGGAUUGUUGAAUUGUGAGAACUUGUUGGCCUAGCCGGACCGAAUUUGUGCUUAAUCUCUGAUGAAUACGCGAGGGAGGUAUCCACCCGGGAUUGGGAACGGUCGUGGCGGUGGCGGCAGCGGUUACGGUGGGGGCGGAAGCGGUUACGGUGGGGGCGGCUUCCGGUCAAGUCAAAAUUCUGGCGGAUAUAAUCAACCAAGAAACCAUCAUAAUCACUACACGCAGCAGCAGCAACACCCUUCUCAACCCCAGCAGUAUGGUCAGCGGACCUUGCAGAACCAGUCGCAACAGCAACAGCACCAGCAAUGGUUGAGGCGGAACCCUAGUGCUUCUAUGUCGGAAUCUACCUCUAACCAAAUCUUGAAAAAUAUACAAUCUGAAGCUACUGAUACGAGCUCUCAAGAUUGGAAGGCUAGGCUCAAUAUACCGCCACCUGAUACUCGUUAUCAGACCGAGGAUGUGACUGCGACAAAAGGAAAUGAGUUUGAAGAUUACUUCUUGAAACGUGAGCUACUUAUGGGGAUAUAUGAGAAAGGAUUUGAAAGACCUUCUCCCAUUCAGGAGGAGAGUAUCCCGAUUGCACUUACUGGCAGUGACAUUCUUGCUAGAGCUAAAAACGGAACUGGAAAAACUGCUGCCUUUUGUAUUCCUGCACUAGAGAGAAUUGAUCCAGAUACCAACGUCAUUCAAGUUGUAAUACUGGUCCCUACUAGAGAGCUGGCACUUCAGACAUCUCAAGUUUGUAAAGAACUUGGUAAACACUUGAAGAUACAAGUGAUGGUUUCUACAGGAGGAACUAGUUUGAAAGAUGAUAUCAUGCGAUUGUAUCAACCGGUCCAUUUGCUUGUUGGAACUCCUGGAAGAAUUCUGGACCUUGCGAAAAAGGGCAUCUGCAUUUUGAAAGACUGUACAAUUCUUGCUAUGGAUGAGGCUGAUAAACUAUUAUCCCCCGAGUUUCAACCUUCCGUGGAGCAUCUAAUUAGCUUUUUACCUGAGCACCGGCAAAUUUUGAUGUUUUCCGCUACAUUUCCAGUGACUGUCAAGGAUUUCAAAGAUCGAUAUCUAAAAAAACCUUACGUUAUUAACCUAAUGGAUGAGCUUACUCUCAAAGGUAUAACACAGUAUUAUGCUUUUGUAGAAGAGAGACAAAAGAUCCAUUGCCUCAAUACCCUUUUCUCCAAGCUGCAAAUCAACCAGUCAAUCAUUUUUUGCAACUCUGUAAAUCGAGUGGAACUGCUUGCAAGGAAAAUUACAGAGCUUGGUUAUUCUUGCUUUUAUAUCCAUGCUAAGAUGCUACAAGACCAUAGGAACAAAGUUUUUCAUGACUUCCGAAAUGGUGCAUGCAGGAAUCUUGUCUGCACUGAUUUAUUCACCCGUGGUAUAGAUAUUCAAGCUGUGAAUGUUGUCAUAAAUUUUGAUUUCCCUAAGAACUCAGAAACUUAUCUGCACAGGGUGGGCCGUUCAGGAAGAUUUGGGCAUCUUGGAUUAGCUGUGAAUUUGAUUACCUAUGAAGACCGUUUCAAUUUGCACAAGAUUGAGCAAGAACUUGGGACUGAAAUAAAACCCAUUCCUCCCAAUAUAGACCAAGCCAUUUACUGUGCUUAAUAUAUGGAGAUAAGUUGAUUAUUGAGAGAUAAAUAUCAGUUUCAUAGAAACAGUAACUAGAGGCUUACUGGAUACUUGACCAAUUGGAGGCCGCUUCCUUGGCGAGGGCAACCAUGAAUUACUUGGAUAACGGAAAAUUGACUUUGAGUUGAUAUCUUUUUUUUGAACACACCAAAACAAAAGGUGUUAUUCUUCAUUUCUCUAAUUCCCUUGCUCGCCCCUCUUGUACUUGUGAUUAACAUGCCUGAGAGAGUUCCAAACACAAAGUGCUCUGAAAUAUUUGGCAUUGGGGAUCAUACUUUAAAUAAUCUCUUAGGACCUCCAGAUGUCUCUCACUCUCUCUUACAGCUUGAGUAGAAACCUCUGUUUAAGAGUUCAAGAAUGCGUAGUGGGAUACUUUAAGAAGCUUGCGUUACUAUAUUUUGAAGCUGAAUGAUUGCUCUGUACUUACUGGUACUGUGAAUUGACACAUUCUUUGUUUUAUUAGUGCGAGUUAAUUUCCGGAUCCUUCAUUUAUGGGCUUGUUCACCUCAUUUUUUGUAUAAUGUUUUUUCAGUUUUUCCCGUUUUUUCA